AUGUCGGGCACCACCUCAACUUUCCAGCUCCAACCGCCCAUCAUGGGUUACACCAUGGAAAUCAACAGCUCUGGCGACAAGAUGGCAGUGGUUGGAACUGGCAAACCAUUGAAGGACUGGAGCGCAUUGGACACCAGUGCACCAUUGGCAUUUUCUCCAAACCAGCAACGUCCCAUCUAUGGAGAUGGGAAGUACCGCCAUCUACGUACCCAAGGUCUGCCUGUCAAGUUUGCCAGAAAGGGCAAUCUCAAAGAGUUCAAGUGUCAGAUACAAGAAUUCAUUGAAGCAAACGGGUUCUUUGCCAUCACUCACGUACCUGAUCCAGUCUCUGGCAAAAUGCUCUGUAUUGUCAAUGGACAUCCAAGAUUCACGGUCCAGUCUGUUACAAAGCAAGUUGAACAACAGGUCACAUGUUAUGACAAGUACGACAAAGCAAACGACGCUGAAGCCAAGAUUUUUCUAGGCAACAGCCUCGACCCGGAACUUGCUGCCAAACUCUACCUGAAGGUCAAGACUACCGAUCCGUUUCCCAUUAUGUUUUAA